AUGGCUGCCGACCUCAUUAUGCCCACUCUUCCGGGUGACCAGCACUCACGCCAUUUCUUUCCCCAGCAGCGCCCUACGCAUCAACGGAAUCAGUCAUAUCAGAUCUCGGUUGGACCUCAAAUUUCACCCAUCAACACCAAUGAGUCCACCAGCCCCGACUCCAUCUCGUCAACUCCCACUUCUCCUAGAGCGCAUCAUGCACGACAGACUCGGCCCAUGUAUAUGCCUGCGGCUCUGCGCCCAAACUUGUUUCCAUCCAAGACCAACAAGAUGCCCAUUGACGACGCUGCUUCAACUUCCAGCACCGAACCUGAUAGCGCCUUGAGACGUACCAACAGCAGCCUCAUCAACCUCCCUGGCAUGUCCGUCUUCGGCAAUAAGCUAGCACGUGUCUCAACUGGCGAUAGCGCUCAAAGCAGCAUUGACGGCGAUUUUGAUCCCGAGAUGUUCCCCGAAGUUAAGGCUCAGCCUACUCGCAAGCAUUGGAAGCCCGAUGCCGAAUCUACUGUCUGUGAUGACCCGACUUGCAAGCGAACUUUCAGCUAUUUCACUCGGCGUCACCACUGCCGAAAGUGCGGCCACAUCUUCUGCGACUCCCAUUCCACCUUUGCCGCUCCUCUCGAUCAUGAUGCCAAAUUCAAUCCUCGCGCUCCUCUUUUCCGAACCUGCCGUCACUGCUGCGAAGAGUUCAAGAGUUGGUAUACUCGUAACAGCAGCCGUGCUUCGAGUGCCGCCUCUUCGGAUGCGCCCAACCCUACCCCCUCAACUCCCAUCGGUGCAGGCUUUGGAGACGCCUCCGAGCUGCCUCGCGGCCCUGAACUUGCUGCCAGUGUGCCUAGGGAUUGGAACUGGAGCACGUUCUGA